AUGGAUACUUUCUCGAAUGUCACAGAUCCUGGGCUUAACACAUCGGAAAAUGAUGAGUUUAUAACAGAAAACUUAUCAGUCAUUCCAACUCUCGCGUUCACUUCGACAAGUUACACAACAUAUCAUGAGAAGGUUAUAUUCUGGAUAAUGGGAACCGUUGGAUUUUUAGGAAAUUCACUAGUGAUUUUUGUUUUCCUCGGGUCGCCUACCUUACGACAUAAAAUUACGAACAUUUUGAUAUUGCACCAGAGCGUUAUUGAUGCUGUGGCAUCUACCUUCAUUGCACUAAACAACGGAUUCGAUGGAAUGGGAUGGAUAAAGGAACCUGGACAUUUGGCGUAUUAUUUUUGCAAACUUUGGCUAUCUAAAUACUUGAUAUGGGCCCCGAUGGUAGUUUCCACGUUCAACCUCGUAGCGCUGACUUUUGAGAGAUAUUUGGGGCUCAUUUACCCCCUAUUAUACAAGCGAUACUUUACAAAGAAAGGGGUUUGCGUUACCAUUUGUAUUGUCUGGAUCACGGGUCUCGCUUUCAUGAGUUUCAGCGUUUUGACCACAGAGUUGAAAGGAAAAGUAUGUUCAACAUGGAGCGAAUGGCCAAGUCAGAUGUUCCAAAAUGUUUUUGGAGUUAUAAUCAUAGUGUUUGAUUUCAUUAUUCCUAUUUGCAUCAUGAGCUUUUGUUACGGCAGAAUAACUCUGAUGAUACACAGAGAAGUCAGGAUGCCUAGCGCUUCUCAGCAGCGAGAAAAAUUAAUGCAGAAGGCCAGAUUCAACAUGAUUCGAACCCUCCUCUUAGUGUCAAUAUGUUUUUUCAUAUGCUUUGUGUGGGAUAGCGUAUAUUACCUUCUCUACAACCUGGGAAUUCCUGUCGGCAGUUUUACAAGUCCAAUGUACCAGUUCGGCGUUGUGGUCCGUUUCGCAAAUUGUUGCGUCAAUCCCUUUAUUUAUGCGCUCAGCUUUAAAGCGUUCCAAAAGAGCUUAAAAUCAGCGUUCUUUUGUGGUGCCAAGGGAUCAACGGGGAGUCAAACCAUAUCUGAGACUAGGAACUCACGAGCGAAUCCCUCGACUACAGUUGUUUCGGAUCAAGUUGCAGAAACAAUAGCCGUGACCACAAUUGAAUCGAAUCAGAUCUAA